AUGGAGAAAUCUGUUGGACCUGAUCGGAUAGCUGAGAAACAGAAUACAAUUCCUCCACAAGAUGAUAAGCUCAACUGCAUUACUGCCCAAGCUCAAGCUGCCGAAGCUUCCGCUGCUGAUGCAAAUGGACAGUCGGUGGUUGAUGAUGACAGGGAGGGAUCAUUGCACAACGUUCAAACGACAAUUGCAGGCCAAGACCAUGCACAUAAUUGUGAAGGGUCCCAUAAUCUAGUGGAGCAAAUCUUGGGAGAUGUUCAACAGCAAAUGGCCGACACUACCACAUUGAUUAUUCAUAAUGCCGACAAUCAUAGUUGGAACAAAGGUGAAGGGUCCCAACCUGUUGAGGAGAAGCACUUGGGAGGUGAACAUCUUCAACAGUCCGACACCACUGAGCUUGAAACUCUUUAUGUCGACUUGUGUGGGGUCGAGGAGGAAGAUUCCAAAUCCGAUGCGGUUGAUGAAGCAGCUUUGCCAACUACAGCAGGGAAUUUAUCUCCAAGAUUAGUUGAAACAAGUGAGAGGUCAGUGGAGCCAUCAAUUAACACUUUAAACAUUGACCAAUCUGUAGCUAUGGAGAGGGAUUGCCGACAAGAAAAGGUUAAAGGUGUGCGAGCUUACUUCCCAUCCGACAGACAGCUACGUUCGACAACAUCAUCCCAUAACUCAUUCCAGUUUGUCGUGAUUUGUGAACCAAAGUUAGACGAGUCCAAAAUUGAGUCCAUUCGUCUACGAUUAUUAUUUGAUCAUACCUUUGUUAAUAACUCGGGUGAUAUUUGGGUAUUCUAUAGUAGUCCUUUUAUGUGUUCCAUUGUGGGUAGAUCGGAGCAGCAUAUUUCUAUACAUGUCCAAAGCCAAUUGCUUUCUUCUCCAAUCGUCAUGUCUUUUGUUCAUGCUAAAUGCUCAGUGCAGGAGCGCCGUGUCUUAUGGUAUACCUUAUUAAAUGAUAAGCCAAUUUCUCUUCCUUGGUGCAUUGGGGGUGAUUUUAAUGUUAUAUUAGCACCUCAUGAAAAACGAGGGGGACGUCCAUUUGCUAUAGCGGAGGGGAUGGAAUUCAUGUCUUUUAUGGAAGAGGCCAGAGUUUUUGACGUAGGAUUUUCAGGAGCUAGCUUCACAUGGUCUAACAAUCGGAGAGGAAGAGCUCGGGUUUCAAAGAGGUUGGAUAGGUUUUUAGUCAAUGGGGCUUGUUUGGAUCUCUCAAACGCAAUUUCUGUGCUUCACCUAGCAAGACAUCCUUCAGAUCAUGCACCGUUGAAAAUUUCAUUUAAGGAGAGAUCAGAUCAUACGCCACGGCCUUUCAGAUUUUUGAACGUCUGGACAACCAAAUCUGAACUCUUGGAGGUAAUUCGAUAUGCUUGGAAUCAAGAUGUGUCUGGUCCUCCAUUGCGUGUUUUGAGCUCUAAACUUUUGGCAACGAGGAGGGCUAUUCAAACUUGGAACAAGCAACACUUUGGGAAUGUAUUUGAUGCUGUUCGUUCUGCGGAAAUGGGGGUUCAACGCGCAGAGGAAGCUAUGGAUCAAUAUGCAUCGGAGGAAUGUCAGGUUGAGCUUAGCAAGGCUCGGGCGGAGUUGCGACAUGCAUUGUCAAUUGAAGAACAAUUUUGGAGCCAAAAAGCCAGAGUCAAAUGGCUUAAACACAGAGAUCGUAAUUCAAGGUAUUUUCAUGCGGUAGUAAGACAGAGACGGGCUCAAGGAAUGAUUCACCGCAUCAAAAAGUCAAACGGUGUUUGGGUGGACAAGAAUGAUGAUAUAGCAACUGAGGCAAUAACAUAUUUUUCUGACUUAUUCACGUGUUCUUUAGAGUCAUCUUCCGAUUUGCGGUACCUAAUUCCAUCCAUAAUCUCGGAAGAGGACAACGAAAAAUUGGAAGAGGUUCCUUCGAUUGAAGAAGUCUAUCGAGUCGUGAGAUCAAUGGAUGGGGACAGUGCUGCGGGCCCAGAUGGUUUCACAGGUAAAUUUUUUACAUUUGCCUGGGAAGUUGUCGCCCAAGAUGUAUAUAAUGCAAUACUCAGUUUUUUCUGUGGGGCAGAGUUGCCGCGAUUCAUCACAUCUACCUCCAUUGUGUUAAUUCCGAAGAUGCCAAAUCCUCAGGAUUUUUCUCAAUAUAGGCCCAUCAGUCUGUGUAACUUCUUCAACAAAUUAUUAUCCAGGAUCUUAGCUGAUAGAAUUGCUUAUGUUCUGCCCAAAAUUAUUUCACCCCAGCAGACAGGCUUUGUGAAGAGGCGCAAUAUAACAGAUAAUUUUCUGCUAGCUCAGGAGAUAGUUUCGGGUAUUGGGAAAAAAAAUAGAGGAGGCAAUGUGGUAAUGAAGCUUGACAUGUCUAAGGCUUAUGACCGGGUGGCAUGGGAUCAUAUUAUUGAUGUUCUCAGGAGGUUUGGCUUCGGAGAAAUAUUUAUUGAUUUAGUAUGGCGAUUGAUCUCUAAUGUCUGGUUUUCGGUCAUUUUAAAUGGGGCAUCUCAUGGUUUUUUUAAAUCUACGAGAGGCCUCCGUCAGGGUGAUCCUUUAUCGCCUGCUUUAUUCAUUAUAGGGGUUGAGGUGUUAUCUAGAGGACUGAAUAACCUUGCCAUGCAAUCGGGUUUUGUGGGAUUCAAAGUCCCGUAUGCAUGUCCUACUAUAACUCACUUGGCGUUUGCGGAUGAUGUUCUCAUAUUUGCAAACGGAUCCUCUUAUUCUCUAAAGGUUAUCAUGCAGGUGCUAGAGGCUUAUCAAAGGUGUUCGGGUCAGCUAAUAAAUGUGCUAAAAACUUGUUACCUGGUUCAUCCAUCUUUACCACCGGCAAGACGAAGGGUGAUUGAACGUAUCACCAAGUUUACCUGGCAACCAUUUCCAAUUCGGUAUUUGGGUUGCCCCCUUUACUUUGGGAGAUGUAAAUCAUCAUAUUUUGGAGAAGCGUGUCAGUCUAUUCUAGGGAGAAUUAUAUCAUGGAAAUCAAGGAUGCUUUCCUUUGGAGGUAAGAUAGUUCUAAUCAAACAUGUCUUGGCAUCGAUGCCAGUACAUCUGAUGUCGGCUGCGGUUAUCCCGAGUAAGGUAUUUAGAACUAUAGAAAAGGCUUUCUCGACCUUCAUAUGGAGCUCUUCACCCGAGGAUUCGAAAUUUCACUGGAUACGUUGGUCCCAUAUGUGCUAUCCAAUAGACGAGGGAGGAGUUGGAUUUCGGAAGCUACAAGACAUCUAUACAGCUUUCUCAUUCAAACUUUGGUGGAAUUUUAGAAAGGGUUUGUCAUUGUGGGCUGAAUUUAUGAAAGCAAAAUAUUGUAGACACCUUCAUCCUUGUCAGGUAGAAAUCAAGGCAAUGGACUCCGCACUCUGGCGCAGGAUGGUCAAUGUGAGUCGACAAGUGGAAUUCUCUAUGCUAUGGAUUGCAAAAGACGGCGCUUGUCAUUUUUGGUACGACAAUUGGUUGGGGGGUGGUGCUUUGUUCCACCAAGCGACCGUUGUCCCACAUUUGUCUUUUGCUAAUUUCAUCAUCAAUGGACACUGGGAUGUGAAUUUGUUAUAUCAGAUAAUGCCGAGGGAAAUGGUGCCCUCUAUUUUAGAGCACCCGAUUCCAGAAGAAGGGGGUGAAUCUGAAGUCAUUUGGACGCUCACAACAUCUGGAAACUUCUCUAUAGCUUCGGCAUUUCGGGAUAUUAGGCAGGCCCGCAACAAGUCUAUGGUCUUUAAUACAAUUUGGCAUUCUCAGCUCCCUUUCAAAGUUUCAUUCUUCAUGUUACGAUUGUUGCUGGGGAGACUGCCGGUUCCAGAUCGGUUAUGUAAACUUGGUUUACAUUUACCCUCAAAGUGUUUUUGCUGUGCUUCAGCAUCUGAGGAAUCAAUUGAACAUUUAUUUUCUACUGGCCAUAUAGCGUCGACAGUUUGGCACUAUUUUGGAGCUUCAUGUGGUUUGUCCUUUCCAGGGUCAUCUUUGAGGCCCCGUAUAGUUGGUUGGUGGCUCAGCUCAUAUGAUUCUGAAAUGCAACGAUUUAUUGGGCACAUUCUACCCAGCAUUGUCUGUUGGCAGAUUUGGAAAGCAAGGAAUAAAGCAAUGUUUGAGGAUGUUCAGAUGAGGCCGCUAGCCAUUUGUCGUGCCAUUUUCUCGGAAAUCCAGACCAUGGUGGGAAUUCAUUUCAAACAAGUGUUCAGAGUACAGUCAUUUCAUCAUUUGUAUGAUUGGUCGUAUUCUUCUCAUACUGAGGUUACAUACAAACUUGUUCGCUGGGAAGCAAAGGAAUCCGAUCGGUUCAUAUUAAAUACGGAUGGCUGUUCUAAGGGCAAUCCAGGAGUGAGUGGAGGCGGUGGGGUUCUUCGGGAUUCAAAUGGCAUACCUUUGAUUGGAUUUUCGGCAUAUCUUGGGGAAACUACAAGUCUAUGUGCAGAGGUUCGGGCACUCCUUAUUGGUCUUCAAACUUGUGUACAUAGGGGUUUUCAAAAUCUCUAUGUUCAAUCGGAUUCUUUAUUAUUAGUUGGAAUUCUUCAGAAUCGCAUUCAAUGCCCCUGGAAGAUUCGACGAGAGAUUAGGCAGAUUUGGCAGUUGGCGAAAGAUCCUGAUCGUUUUUCGCAUUGCUAUAGGGAAGCUAACAAAGUUGCUGAUGCGUUGUCCAAUGUGGGCGUAUUUCAUCCAGAGCAUCAAGUCAAGCUUUACGAGGCCUUUAAUUCGUUCCCAACUAUGGCUCGUGGGGCCAUUCGACUUGAUAGAUUAGGAAUGCCUUCAAUUCGGAAAAGUAAGCGUAUGAAGGGCUGA